AUGGAGAUCGAGAGUUUACUUUUGAAAAAUGUAUGUGAGACUGGAAGGAAAUUAGGUCAUGGAGCUUACGGUGUGGUGACUGAAGUAAAAGUUAACGAAACCAUUUGUGCAGCUAAGAAAUUACACGAUAUUAUUGUACAGGAAAGUACUUUGCAAAAGUUCAAUGAGGAGAUUCUUCUUCACAGUCAGCAAAGACAUCCUAACAUUGUCCAAUUAAUUGGUGUCUAUUAUCCUCCUCGUUCACAAGUACCAAUGUUAGUAAUGGAAUAUCUUCCUUUCACUCUCAGAGAGUCACUGGAACAUGAUGGACUGCCACUUCAAAUGAAGUAUUCCAUUCUGUCUGAUGUUGCUAAGGGUUUAUGUUAUCUUCACAGCAAUAGUCCUCCUAUUGUACAUCGUGACCUCACUGCUAAUAAUGUGUUACUCACCUCUUUUUAUGUUGCCAAGAUAUCAGAUCUUGGAGUAUCAAGAUUAGUUGGUAAGUUCAAAUCGCAUCAAAAGCUUACUCAAGCACCUGGCAAUGCUAUUGUAAUGCCACCAGAGGCUCUUGCAGCUAAACCUGUUUACAAUGAAAAGGUUGACGUAUUCUCUUAUGGCUGUCUCAUUCUUCACAUUCUCACUUGUCAAUUCCCUGAACCAACUGAUGCAUUUGUCCAGUACUUUAGGAUAUGGCAGUCAAAAGUAGCUGAGUGGGACAGACGAUCAAAAUAUAUCCAGAAAAUACCAGAAGAUGAGAAAGAGCUGCUUCCUUUAGCUAAGCAAUGCCUUCAAGAUCGUCCUUAUAGCAGACCAGAUAUGCUUACAGUGCUUCAGGCUGUCGAAGAGAAAUGUAUAAGAAGUAGAAGUGGUAAGACCUUGUUGGAUAAAAUUCAUGAGAAAGAAGAAAUAAUAAAAAUAAUAAGGUCAGAUUUUACAAAUAAAAUUUUGGCUAAAAGUGAUGAGAUAUACAAGACAAAAAUGCAACUGGAAAAAAUUUCUAAGGAAAAGGAACGGUUAAUAUCUGACAUAGAAGCACUGAAAAGAUCAGAACUUAAAAGCAAGAUUAGAAUGCUGGAGAGAGAAAAUGAAUUACAUGAAGCAAUGAGAUUGGUUCUUAUUGAUAGGGAAGUAAGGGAACAAGAUUAUCAAGCUUUGAAGCGGCAAAAAGAAGUACAAACAUGGCUGGGAAGAGGUGUACAAUUACUUAUAUUUUUAAUUUCAGUACUUAUGGUUUUUUUCUCAAUAAUUAUUAGUGUUUGCUUGACAAAUGUUAGUGUUGGAUUUUUGAUAAUGAUUGGUGCUAUUUUGCUUUAUGGCUUUUAUUCUAUUUAUUGUUAUUAUUAUGAUAAUUAG